AAUUUUUAACAUUGAAACGAAGGAGUUUGUUUUAGAUUUCAAAAGAGAGUAAUGAUGGAGACGACAAAUGGAACGGAGGAGACAGCGGUGGAGAAAGAGAUGAAAACGGUGGAUGCAGGGGAGGAGACGGCAACAAUGAAGAUCUGGAUAGCCGUUGAUGAAAGCGCCGGGAGUUUCUAUGCUCUCGAAUGGGCUCUUCGACAUCUCUUCCUCCACCACGAUUACGAUGCCACAGACGCCGACAAACUUUCGUCUUUCACAGUCACGGUGGUUCACGUCCAACCUCCCUUUCAACCGUCUUACACCGCCCUCCCUGUUGGGCCUAUUUUGUUUGCAACAUCUGGGAUGAAGGAAUCGGUGAUGAAAGCGGAGGAAGAAAGUGCCGCUAAAGUUCUUGCUCGUGCUUCGGAAUUGUGCGACAAACAUAAGAUAAAAGCAGAGUAUGUGGUGUUAAAGGGAAAACCAAAGGAAAUACUUGUUGAAGCUGUAGAACAAAUGGACGUUGAUCUUCUUGUUGUUGGUAGCAGAGGCCUUGGCCAAAUCAAGAGGGCUGUACUGGGAAGCAUCAGCGAUUACUGUGCACAUCAUGCCAAGUGUCCCGUACUGAUUGUUCGUCCUCAAAAGGAUAAGGCCUCGCAAAACUAAAUUGUUGUUCGUCAAGUGUCGUGUAUAAGACUAUAACUAAGCUGUUGUAAGAGCAUAUAUUAUAUGUAAUAUUUGGUCUUUAAGCAACAAGUUUGUUGUUUAUUGUUUAUUGUGCUAUAUAUAAGUUUAUAUUGUAAACCACGUAUAGUGAUGUGGUGAUAAAUGUGUCUGUGUUUGUGACCUUGUUGUUGUCCGGUUGUGUAUCUUAUGAACGAGUCGGUGACUGAAACAUUGGAUUAUAAUUAUGUUAAUUAAUGUAAAAUUUUCAUCUUUUAUGUUUACAA